GGCGCCCGAGCAGACAUCUGUUGUCAGCCGGAAGCAGCGGCGCAGAAGAGCAGGGCGACUGAAUAUGGACUCCGAGCCUUGGGUACGAGAGAGCACCGUGGAUGAGAGACAGUGAUGGCUCUGCGUACAAAGUUCCCAAGAGGGGUGCGCGUCAUUUAGCUCCACAUGUCAUCCGCUGUUCGACAACCACGGGCCGCCGGACAGAUCAGCAGGGCUGCCCUCUGUCCUGCUCACUCGCGCGGAAGCACGGCCGAAGACCCGCUGCCGCUGAAAGGACGCGACGCGACCGCUGGCAUGUCGCGCAUCGCAUCUAAUCGUCUUCAGCAGCCCUUUGCUACAAGAAUGGUGCUGCUACCGUCGAUUCCUGCCUUCACAAGCUAUGAGUCGGUCCAUGGAUGGGUCGAUGGGCUCAUGAAGCAGUACCGCAAGGACAUCUCCUGCCCAAAAUGCGGCCAGCGGGGCGUGCUUUACAAGAAUUGGAGCAAAUUCAUCGGCCCAGGAUCAAACUCUCGACGCCAUCGGCGGUAUGAUCACAAGCAUUGCCUUGAGCUUCGCAGCUUUUCCAUGUCUUGCGCAGACUUCGUGGAGUAUGUUCUGGGCCCUUAUCUGGAUGGAGCUUGGAGAGGUCAUAGCGCUGUCCAACGUGACACAGCCGCGACGUUGCUCAAGGGAUGCACGCUUGCGCUCGACGCUCUGGCGCAGCAUGGCGAUCGCAUCAAUGCGAAUUUCCAUUUGCGCACCGGGCAUGUGCAAUGCAAUCUUGCGCAUCUGAGAGCGGCAUUGCAAAAUGGCCUUCUCGGCCCUGAUGGCGCCGAAGAUCGGGAAGAAGAGCAAUGGCUGUCAGAGUCAGACCUCGAGCUGCCCGUCUGUGAAUCGGAACAAAGCGCACCAGCUGUCACCCAAAGGAGCUGUGACAGGAGCCGCCAACUGAAAGCGAUUGCUGCCUUAACGCCGCCGGAGUCAGCGCUAGAGUUCUGCAUCGCCGUACCACCAAUACCCGCGCAGCCCAGCAUCGUGCGGACCGCCGCGCUGCCAGUCCUGAGGGCCCAAACAAAAUCUUUACGCCCUCAGAAGAGACGAAAUUACGAGGAAGGAGGCACACGCUCCUCACGGCGUCAAAGCAGAGCCAGAAAGUCGGCGCAUGCGACCAAAAAGCUUAGAGCUACGAGCAAGCGGAGCAAAGUCCGGCAAAUCAUUCCCACGCGCUACCGUUUCUUCAGCAAUUUGCAUGGUCGACCUGGUCAGCCGAAGCCGCCCAGGGGCAGAAUCAUCAUCCGGGCAGCAAGAGAGCCUCCUCCGUAUGAGCCGCCGUUGAACCUGACCGCUGAGGCUCAACUUGAGCAGUUACGGGAUGCGCUGUCCCGCCCUCAUUCCGACCCAGCCGCUCCAAGUUUGACCAUCUCUUAUUUGAACGUCAACGGCCUCAACGCUGACAAGUGGCGCACGGUACUGAAAGCGUGCCACUUGGCCAUGUAUACCGGGCAUUCACAACUUGUUGGUAGGAACCACAUACUCGUGCUGGCCGAAACGUGGAGGCCUCAAGCGCUGUCGCAACAGGUCCUCGCACGAGAUGCGGCGUGGAUCCUGGCUUCGACUGUACCGGCAUCUCGUACAGGAGACUUUCAAACUGGCUGCUCCGCAGGGGCCAAGGGCGGUCUCAUACUCCUGUGUCCGCCUCACCUUGCUGAUCGCGUCGUGGUCUUAUCGAUCACACCUUACUCUUUGACGUUCUCCGUCGCGCCCUCAGACGCUAACGCUGGACGUCCCAUCGUCGUACACUCUGUCUAUCUUCCGCCCUCGAUGGGCCGCUUUCGCGACAUCUCACUCCUUGAGACUUUUGCCUCGCCGCCGGACUCACUACAAGCAGACGUCUUGUUGGGCGACGCUAACGUCUAUUACGAGCCCCAAGCUCCACUGAUGGAUGGACAACAGGACCCUGAGGUGGUGGAACGCGAGACAGCUGUUAUCGUUUCUGGGUAUCCUAAGUCGAGGCUUGCCAUCAUUGAAGCAGUCACACGGGCGAUCGGGCUGCAGAGAAUGGUUUCGAGUGCUGAGGAGAAAAGCAUGCGCUUUAAGAGGUUGAAUCGGAAGGGAAUGAGAAUGCGAAGAAAAAGACUAGGGCAGGAGAUUGUGAUUGGCGACAGGCCUCACGGAGAUCAUGGACCCUCUCCGAAUCUUCACGACGCUGUGACACAUCCGGACAGGGAGCAGCAAGAUGACGAGCAGCAAGAGGCAAUUCCCACUCGACCGUCCUUGGGAAAAGCCAUCUCAGCCACGCCUCGCCUGGAUCACGCUUACUUGCGAGUACCUGGCGGCGAGACCGAUGCAACGACGCCAUGGUCAGAAGCUUCCCUGACUUUCUGGCGGGCCGGAAUCAAGACGGACCAUCCACUUAUGCAAGUCGAGUUGCAACUGAGGACGCGAGGCUCCAGCAUUAGCUAGAGCUAGGCAAGAAACCGGGGAGAGAGGAAGAAGAAGGUUCUAGACCGCUUCAAUUGAUAAACAAGUCUCACUCUCGGCCUCGCCGCUGCGUGAUGGCCCAACCGCGU